GUCUUACCGUGGAUCCUACCAAUGCGUUGUACCAGAUCGCCGCACCAGUGACAUUUCCGCGUCAUAUGCGUGGACUAAAAUAUUGACAUUGUAUGCCUCGUCUCGAGAAUCUUCUUACACAGAAAUUAUAUCCUACACUAAAUUCCACUGUAUCAGAUUUAAGCGCCAAUGAAAUGAUUGUGACGCGUAGAAUUAUAACUAAUAAAAGCUGUAAUAAUUUUAUGCUCUUUCAAGAUCUAAAGCGUGGCAUUUCCAUAUCCGUUGGAUUACCUUGGAUUUAAUCCAACGGUUAAAACUUAGCCGAACUCGCUCGAGCCGAUGGGUUCUUAAAUAAAGAGUGUUCAGAACUUCAGAGCCAAAUCUUCUUUCUCUCUCUUCUUUUUUCAUGGUGUAUGCGUUCGAAAGCUCAUGAUUGAAGGUCGCGAUCCGAAUUGGGGUUCCAGCUUCUUCAGAGUUCGGAUUUAUUAGGGUUUUAGUGGCUUGGUACUCUCUCGUUCUUCCGUUCUAUCUUUUGCUGGUUUCGUUCGUUUCUGCUGGAAUCUCAGGCCCUAAGAACUUUUCUUGGUCGCCAAGUCUUGUGAUACUCUUGCGGAACAAAGGUUAUAAUUCGGUUUGGGCAGCCCGUGCACCCACUGGUAAUCAAUGGUUUAGUGUUUUUUCUUUAUUUCUUGAGUUUUCACAAUCUUUUUCUGUGCGUAAAGCUUUCAAUUUCAUUGAUCAACACAGUUUCAUAGCCAACCAUUUUUUUUUUAUUGAACUUCAAAAUUCAUUUGGGACUUCCUUCUUUCUAAAUUUAGGUCCGAAUAUUUUCAUGGCAACAUUUUGGAAUUAAAGAAAUUGAUGUUCUUCUGGUGUUUUGUAAAUUUGCUCGCACCGUUGUUUUCCAAUUUUCCUUUUCUUCACUAAAUGAAGAAAUUAGUUAAAACAUAUCGAAAAAUACAAAUUCUUGAUAAUUUAUUUUUGUUUUUAAAUUAAAAAGUUCAUUUUUUUUUCUAAUUUUUUUGUAUAGUUGGUGAAGUUAAUGACCAAAGACUAUUUUUCUUUCCACUUCUCACUGUCCUCAAAAUUUUUAGCCUAGAUAUUUCAUCCUCAAAAGAACCAGUUAAACCCUUUGUGUAGUCCAAGUUUUGAGUUGGGGAAUAUUAGUAGCUCCAUGAUUGAUACAUACGCAGAAAUUCUAACUCUGUUGGUGGUGAUUAUAUAUCGUUAUAGACCAUACAAAGUCCACAACAAUUGGAAAGGAGCGAAUUAGUGCUUUGCUGUGAUUUUGGAUAUGACUGUAACCAAGCCAAAUAGGUACCCGGGAAGCUAUUUCGGUAAUGCCAUUCAAACAGCUGGUGAGUCUGAGUUUUCGGGUUACUCAGGACGAAUGGACAUGGAAAUCUCUGCCUCUGAAGCUCCAAGUGCCUUAACAAGGAAGUGCAUAAGUUUGAAUUCUAAUAAAGAGAGAGCCAAUUUCUGCAUUCCCAAUCAAGUUCUUAACUUGUCCAAUUUGUCACGAACUGAGAGAAAGGAUCUGUUACAUAAAUUGAAAGAGGAUCUUGUACAAACACGAGUAGCUCUGAGGAAACUUGAAUUACUUGCCAGGUCUUCUUCCAAGGACAUUCUUACCUGUAGCAAUGGACAGAAUGUGCCAACCAUUGGAAAGUCCAGGAAAUUCUCAACACCAACUUCUAGCCAGGGAAAGAAGUUGAAUGCUGGUGUUAAGAAAGCUGAAACUAAUCGGAGUUCUUCUGGGAAGUUUGAAUCAACAAAACAGACUUCAUUACCAGACACUACAUUUGCCAUGUUGCUGAAACAAUGUGAGGCAUUGUUAAAACGAUUGAUGAAUCAUAGGUUUGGAUGGGCAUUUAACAACCCUGUUGAUGUAGUGAGUAUGAAUAUUCCGGAUUAUUUUACUGUUAUUAAGCAUCCAAUGGAUUUGGGAACUAUAAAUAGUAAGAUAGCUUCAGGGUCGUACUCAAAUCCCAUGGAGUUUUAUGCUGAUGUGAGACUUACUUUCACAAAUGCAAUGACCUACAAUCCUCCUGGAAAUCUAUACCAUACUAUGGCUAAUAAUAUCAAUAAAUAUUUUGAAGUUAGGUGGAAAAAUAUUGAAAAGAAUUUGCCGAAAUUUGAUUCUGAACCAUUACCAGCAAAUUCGGCCAAAGGUGAUGCCUUGGAAAUGACUCAUCCAGUUUCCCCCUCAAAAAAAAGGAAAAUUAUGGAUAUGCAACCGGAUGUAAGGUCUGAACCUGCUAAAAGAGUAAUGACAGACGAGGAGAAAACCAAAAUUGACAAUGAAUUAAGAUAUUGGCUGCCUGAGUUGCCUUCAAAUAUAUUAGAGUUCCUACAGCAAAGUAGUUUAAAUGGCAGAGACUGUGAAGAGGAAGAGAUUGAGAUUGAUAUUGACGAAUUCAGUGAUGAUACUUUGUUCAAGCUGCGUAAGCUUUUAGAUGAAUUUCUGGAAGAGAAGCAGAAAAAACAGUCGCAAGCUGAACCUUGUGAAAUAGAGCAUUUGCAGGACUCAGGGUUGAGCAAUUCUUCAAUGUCACCUUGCAGAGGAGAUGACCCAAUUGAUGAGGAUGUUGAUAUUGGUGGAGAUGAGCCUCCUGUAUUAAGCUAUCCUCCUGUUGAGAUCGAAAAGGAUGAAGAGCAUAGGAUCAGUAAAUCUACGAGUCCUAACAAGUUUGGUGGUGACUCUAGCUGUCCUGAGAGUGAGUGUAAUGGUGCUAAGGCGUUAACUUUAGUUAACGAAUCUAAGGUGCCAGAAAAUGUGGACUCUGGAACCGAAUUAGACAAAAAGACAACCAUUAGUGAUCUCAAAGAAAGACAUCAUGUAUCUCUGGGUUAUGCAGUGACUGAUAGUUGCCUGAACCACGUUGAGCAACCUGGUGAGCAAAAGCCAGGCUCUUUUGAACCAGAUAUCUGCCAAGAUGUGGAUAGUGGUCCAACUGGGAGGCUGGUCUCCCCUGACAAGCAGUAUAGGGUAGCUGUUUUAAAGGAUCGGUUCGCUGAUACCAUUUUAAGAGCACGCGAGAAAACUCUGAAUGAUGGUGAUAAAGGGGAUCCUGAGAAAUUGCGCCGGGAAAGGGAGGCACUUGAAUUGCUGCGUAGAAAAGAAAAAGCACGGUUACGAGCUGAAGCCCAGGCUGCUGAAGAUGCUCGAAGACGAGCUGAAUUAGAAGCUGCAGCCGAAAUUAAACGGAAGAGGGAUAUUGAGAGAGAGGCAGCACGGCAGGCAUUGCUACAGAUCGAAAAGUCUGUUGAAAUUGUUGAUACCGCAAAGUUCUUUGAAGAUUUAGAAAUGCUUAGGAAGAAUGCCCCUGCAGAACUGUUACCUAUCUCAGUAGAUGAUACUAGCCCUAAUAAUGUACUAGAUGGCUUAGGUAGCUUCAAGUUAGGGAGUAGUAAUGCCUUGGAACAGCUUGGUUUGUUCAUGAAGGUGGAUGAAGAGGAAGAAGCCGAGCCAGCUUGCGGUACUAAUACCAUAGAUGACUGUAUAGAGGAGGGAGAAAUUGAUUAGGUAAAUGAUAGACAAGAACAUAUAUUAGUUACACAAAAAGAAAAAAACUUGGCCAAGUUAUUUGGUUAAUUUUAUGGAAAGCAGGAAUCAGGGAAUCAAAGUUUUCAUUUUCCACAAGGUCUGGUUUCCUAAUAUUGUAAUUGAGACAUGAUAAGCAACCUUAGUAGAAGAGUGUUGUACAUACUACAUAUAUAUAACUUGGGUUUAUUAUGGGAUUAUUCAUGUAAAGCCACUAGCCACAUUGAGUUGUUUAGAAGUUGGGAUUUGGGAAUGGGAAGUACAGAAUCUUAUUGUGGAGCCUUAUUUUCUUACCUUUUGUUAGCAAAUCUUUUGAUCUCAGUGUCAGUAGUAUGUGUUGGUCCCUCAUCAAAGGAAAGCCAAGGAAUGAUUUAUAUAUUAUGAAAAGGAAAAAAGAAAAAAGAAAAAAAGAGAAUGUGUUUAUAUUUC